ACCGCUUAAGGAUAGACCAAAUCUCGUCUACCCUACUAAGAUUGUUGAUCCUGGCCCUUGGUACUACAAACCAGUGCAUCAAGAUGACAGACCAGAGAAUUUAAAAAUGGGCGUAUUCCGAUUUGUCAACGAGCGUUUAGUAUCAAGACGCCACGAACAAAUUCAACUCCCCAACUUUUGUCCUGGGAGCAUCAUUAGAGUAAGACAUCAGCAAAAUGUUCUUUCAGACAAGGAAGUCACUUUUAUAGGGAUUUGCUUAGGCAUCCGCAGAAAGGGAAUCUCAACCAGUUUUACACUCCGAAAUAUUAUAGGAGGCGUUUCUGUUGAAAAAACAUUUCCUUUGUAUGCACCCACCACAAAGAGUAUUGAGGUUUUGAAGUAUGAAAGAAGAAACCGCAUGAAACUGAAUUACCUACGAGAGCGGCCUGAUUCUGAAACAAUUAUUCAAGACUUGCCCGACAUUAAAAAUAUGACUCAAGAAGAAAUGGAUACACACAAUAGGCUUUGCGACUUAAUUGAAUAUAAACGUCAGGAAAAUAUAAAUAAAAACAUGAUUUUCCAUUUGCAAAAUUUACUAAGAAAAAAAUACGAAAAGAUUCAAGAGGAAGCUUUGAGGAACGCAAAUCCUCCCCCUCCGGUUAGACAGUUUGGAAGACGACAGCUUAGUAGAAUCAGGAAACUAGUCAGACUCCGAAGAAAAAAAGAACAGCGCGCUUUUAACCGCAUGAAGAAGUUAAGAAGACCUCAGAGAUUCGAUCGUAAACUUUUACGUCUGGCGAAAGAAUUUAAACGAAACGAGUUACAGGCCCGCGCUGCUUCCAAAAAACAGAACCAUUUGAUUCUCUAUUAAUGCAGUAAUAAUCUUACUCCGAAUAUAAUGCAAUAAAUGUAUUUUUUAUACA